CGCGGUUUUUUGUGCGAACAGCAGCUUUCUUUAGGCUCAGAGGCUUCAGCCGCUUAAGUAAACGCUUACAACGUUCUUAGACAAGUUUUGGUACGUGAAAAUUUCUAUUGUUAUGGCAGAGCCCAUGGAUGUCGACGCGGAUGACAGCCAGAAAAAGAAGGACUGCAUUCCCUGGGUGGAAAAGUACCGGCCCGUGAAGUUCACCGAAAUCGUAGGCAAUGAAGAGACUAUCGCACGGUUGGAAGUUUUCUCGCGGGAAGGCAACGUACCCAACGUAAUUCUUUCUGGUCCUCCCGGUGUGGGCAAAACGACAACAAUCCUCUGCUUGGCACGGAUCCUCCUCGGUCCUGCAUUUCGUGAGGCCGUUCUGGAGCUUAACGCAUCUAACGAUCGAGGUAUCGAUGUUGUCCGAAAUAAGAUCAAGAUGUUUGCCCAGAAAAAGGUGACGCUGCCGCCAGGAAAGCACAAGAUAAUUAUUCUUGACGAAGCAGACAGCAUGACAGAGGGAGCGCAGCAAGCUUUGCGUCGCACAAUGGAGAUAUAUUCAAAGACCACGCGGUUUGCUCUUGCUUGCAAUACAUCGGACAAAAUCAUAGAGCCCAUUCAGUCCAGAUGCGCCGUUGUUCGCUUCAGCCGCUUGACGGAUGCGCAGGUGCUCGCAAAACUUCUGGAUGUAUGCCAGCGUGAAAAUGCGAGCUACUCCGAAGAUGGUUUGGAAGCUCUUGUGUUCACUGCUCAGGGUGACAUGCGCCAGGCGAUCAACAACCUCCAGUCGACGGUAGUGGGUUUCGGACACGUGAACAGCCAGAACGUUUUCAAGGUAUGUGACGAACCACAUCCAGAGCAGAUCAAGGACAUGCUGCAGUACUGCGUGGACGGUCAGCUGGACAAUGCGUACAAGAUCAUGUUGCAUAUGUGGAAGCUUGGCUAUGCCGCUGAGGACAUCAUUGUGAACGUAUUCCGUGUCUGCAAGAGCCACGACAUACGAGAAGACAUUAAGCUGGAGUUCAUCAAGGAAAUAGGCUACACACAGAUGAGAACAUUGCAGGGUGUGCACUCCUUGCUUCAGAUGGCUGGCCUGCUUGCCCGACUGUGCUUGAAGAGUCGUCAGUGUAAAUCCGACUGAGAUCUUCGGCGCUGUUAAUUCCAUUUCACUACUCAGUACUGCGUUAUACAGCAGUACAGCAUUAUAUAUGGACCUCCCAGUUGGUAUGACUUUACUGUGGCAUGCAACGCAUGUGGCUGGGAUACACCAGAAGUGUAUCGUCAUGCUUCAUGCACUAAAAUUAUGGAACCACUGAAUAAAUUUCCGUUUCCAAA